CACCAUGAGGCCCUCCAUGACACCGAGGACCUUCCUGCUGGUUCUCACACUGCUCUGCACCCUGUUGGGUCUCGGGUGCCCGCUAAGCUGUGAAGUAUGUAGGGGCUCUGGCCCCACGUGCAGCGGCAAAAUGAAGACUUGCGAGGCCGGCAAGGACGCCUGCGUGGUCAUCGUGGGGGAGUCGAGCACCAAGGGCCGCCACUCCGUGAACACCUACAAGGCCUGCAUGAAGUUCAGCGACUGCUACUCGGGUUUUGUAUCCACCACCAUGGGCCCCAAGGACUACAUGGUGUCCAACACGAACUGCUGCCAGAGUGACGGCUGCAACCGUGGCUCUGUGCCCCCCCCCCAGAACAAUCGGACAGAGAAUGGCCUCCAGUGUCCUGCCUGCAUCGUACCCUUCCAGGAGACGUGCCCGGGGACCCAGGCAGCCCGCUGUGUUGGCCAGGAAACCCACUGCAUCUACUUCGCCGGCAACGUGCAGGCUGGUAUCAUCAACACCAAGUUUGCCACUCGAGGCUGUGCUACGGAGAGUGCCUGCAACACCAAGCCUGGGGCUGAGGUGCCCUCGGCCUCCUAUCUCUACUACCUCCGCCGAGCAGACUGCCUUCCAGCCCCCCAGCCUCCUGGCAGAGCUGAGUGAAGAACAGGAAUGUGUGGCUUGAGGUCCCCGUUUGUCCUCAGCCUGCAGCUCCCUGUGUGCCUAUAAACAAAUAAAC